UAGGUAUUAAAAGCACAUCUAACAGCCCCGAGACCCCUCCUCUUGAACGGCCUGCGCGCACACAAAGAAGUCCCAUCUCCUCGGCCGGCCAGGAUCCAGCAGCAUCAGCAACUAGUGUUCGCCUCGGUUGAGGCUUCGGAAGACAAACACUGCCGGGAACGCGGCCAGGAGGGGACGGGGGCGGCGGGAGUGGGAAGCAGAGCAAGACAGAAAAUGAAACCGUCGAGGAAAAGUUUGAACCAAGACAGAUCUGCCAACAGUUCCACAAUGUCCGACAGUGACUUUGGGGAAGACGAUGGGAGCCUUUCUCAGGACCCAUCCCAGCCUGGCAAGAGGAAACGAAGGGGCAAUCUCCCCAAAGAGUCUGUCAAGAUCCUGCGGGAAUGGCUGUAUGAACAUCGGUUCAAUGCAUACCCUUCAGAGCAAGAGAAACUCAGCCUUUCAGGACAGACAAGCCUCUCUGUUCUACAAAUUUGCAAUUGGUUCAUCAAUGCCAGGCGCAGACUUCUCCCUGAUAUGCUGCUAAAGGAUGGCAAAGACCCCAACCAGUUCACCAUUUCUCGCCGAGGCACCAAAGCCAGUGAUGUAGCACUUUCCCGUGGAGCUGCUGCAGGUUCUGGACUCUUGAUGGUGCCUCCUGCUGCUGCCGCUUCUGCAGCCACUACAUCUAAGGUCCUCUCCAUGUCUGUGUGCCCACCUGUGAUCUGCCAGACUUCCCAGCCACUGGCUGGCAACUUGACUGUGACCGGCGACCUAGAGAAACGAUCCAUGCUCCAGCGGAUUGAGCUGGAAUCCCAUACCAAGCAGUCGCAGCUGAGUGCAACAGGCAACACGCUGGCUCUUCUCACCCGGGCAGAAGCCUCCAGUCCCACCAGUGGACUCUUCAACACACCUCCUCCAACACCACCUGAGCUCUUCGGAGAGGACUUCAGCAGCUUCCAGUUGCUGGUGGAAGUGGCUCUGCAAAGAGCAGCUGAGCUUGACUCACAGAAGCUGAGUGGGCAACUGCCUCCAUCGCCACAGAGAGAAUCUUCUCCGGCAAAAAACAAGUAACUUCCUGCAGCCUCCGGUUACCCCUUGGAGGGGCAGCCUUUUCAUUUUUCCAGGGUUUCUUUUCAGUUGGCUUUUGCAGCGAGAGCUCCCAUUAGAAGUUAAUGCUGUGAUACGGUUUCUUGUCAAACCGGGAACCAUUAUGAUGGAAGCCUCCAUUCUCCUCUAUGCUGCCAGCUGACCUUGGAUACAAGGCACCCCCUCCCCCCAUCUCUACAUAAACAUUUCCCUCAAAGGAGGGCACACUACUUCAUCCUUUGGGUUGGCAUCAGGCUAUGGAACCAGUCAGUAUCUCUCUGAAGCUGACCGGAGGAGAUGGUCUGUUCAGGCAGUGGUUCCUGGCUCUACGCUGUUCUUGGAAGGGCUCCAAUCUUGAACAUCUUCUGAGAAGAUGUAGUUGCUGGUUGAUGUUUUUAUAACGCUUGACUCUUUUUUUAAAAAAAAGAUAUGUUGUGGAGGAUUUAGACAAUACUUCUUACCUCCUUCCUGUCCCCUCCCUCUUCCCCAGAUUUCCAAAGCUUACUGACAUGGACUAGGAUGAGAAAUCAGUCCAAAGCAAUUUCUCAGAAACAAAUACUCCCCCCCCCCUUCCCUUUUGAUAACUGAAGACAAGCAAAGAGCUAUUUCACCACCCUCGGCUUUUUUUUAAAUACCGUACAUACUUUUAAUUUUAAUUUCCGGUGGGCGGGGUGUUUAUGUUCCCCUCUCAUUUUCUUUUAAAGCUGUACCAUGUUGUAGCCUAUUGUUGAAUUGGUGUGAAUAUGUGGCUGGUCCUUAACAUCACACCUGAUGGGAGUCUCCCAUAAGUAACAAAAGAAUCUUUAAAGAUUGUGGCGUUCUUCUUUCUUUCCGUUGGACAGGAAGAACAGCUGAGCAUCACCUUGUGAAUAUGGUGCCAGUAAAAGAAACUAAAAAAGCAUU